CGUGCUUCGGGCGGCCACUCGCGUCACGGAAUAGCGUUUAAUAUCGUUAAAGAUAAAAAAAUAAAAAUAAGACUAGUUAAACAACAAACUUUAUCCGUAUAAACGUCACAUUAUUUGAUACUAUAAGUGUGAAAUGUCAAAAGGUCAACAACAUUGAACAUUGAGAAUUAUUACUAAAUCACUUUUUAGUUGUCGAACGAAACAAUCAAGUUAGCGGCAAAAAUUCUUUUUUUUUUUUUUUUUUCGUUCUAAAUUCCGGAUUUUUCAAGCUUGAGCAUUAAGAUUCAGUUUCAUUUUAAGCUUUUUCGAACAAUCGAUUUGUUUAUUGUAGCAGAGUUGCGGAAUCAGAGUAUUAAUUACGUGUGCAAGUAACUAUUAUAUUAUUUAAACAAUGAUGAUAGUAUUUAAAAAAGUUGUUGUGAUUUUACUGUUUUCUAUCGAAUUUUCGUGCAGCUCGAUGAUCGACCUGACACAGAAGUGGAUACCGAAUGCUGGUUGGGAAGUGAAUUGUCUGUGGACUCUAGUCGAGAACGACGAGCUGCAGUCGGUACGCCUCUACAAUAACGGGCAGCAAUUCUUUAUUUACAGGCCAGAGAUAAACGGCACAUCAAAAAGUGAAUACUACAGGACUAGGGCGUGGGACGUCAGGUGUCGUGAGACCUCCGAAAAGGGUGCAACAGGAGCGUGUGUAGUAUCGGCAGAACUAAUCAAGCCACCUCAGGAUUUCAACUUCACGUGUGAAGUCUCCGGCGAGAGACCUACCUUCAGGAUUGAAACGAAGAGCAUUCUUGUUUCAGCUUCUGUACCGCCUAGCGACGCACACAUCAGCGUUGCGACGAUGGACUCUGAAUCGGGCCGGGUCACCCUCAACUGUACGUCUAGCGGCCUGCCCUCGCCCACUCUUAUCUGGACCAUAGGAGCACAGAGGGUCCCUCCGGAUUUCUCGAGCAGCGCAUGGAACUAUACAACCAAGGUGUACGACGCGUGGUCCGCGGUGUCGUACUCGUGGGCGGACGCGGGUCUGCCGGCCACGUGCACGCCGGAGACGCACCGCCGCGGCCGCACCACCCCCGCCGCGCCCGCACAGUACAGCGGGGCCCGCGGAGGCGCAGGGGAGCGGGACCUAGUGGCGUUGGUGUUGGCGGUGGCGGCGCUGCUGUGAGCUGCGCGACUCAACGGCCGACUACUUAAUGAAACUACAAUUAGUUUACUCAAGUUUUAUUUUCAUUUCGUUUAACGAAUAAAUAAUUUCAAGCUGGAGUUACUCGCUUAUUAUUUAUCGACUUGUAUUCUUUUAUUCUGUACGAGUUCAAUAAUUGAUUUUAGACUAAGAUCCCGGGUGCCAGACUUAAACAUCUCAACAUAGCUUUGAAUCAAUGUAUUAUUUGUAACUAUUCAUCCACUACGCAUUAACCCCGAUCGUCCUACGGGCACGGCGCCGCGACGUCUCCAGUGUGCUUAGUGCGAGUUUUUCAACAUUCUCCAUAGCGCAAAAGUUAGCUCAUAUUUGUAUGGAGUGGGAUCGUUUGCCUACGUUUGCCGUUAGGGGCGCUGUUCCAACUGCAUACAAAAUUGGGUAACUUUUACGCUAUCGAGAACGUUAAAAAACUCGCACUAAGCACACAGGAAAUUAUUUGUUUGGCUCAUCAUCAUACAUUCGACACUUGGUGUGACGUCAGCCUGGUAGACCAAGGAUAGACAAGUUAAAGUUGAGUUCACUGUUCGAUCAGUAUUGUUGUAUCGCGCGUAAUGCUUUGUUCGCAAUG